CGGACACUUAUCAGUGUAACACACUCCACUGGUAGGAGGAAACAUGGCGGCGGGCUACACGUUAAAACGCGGCGUGCUAACAUUUAGGCUGCAGUGUCAGCUCGUUUCCAGAAGCCCUUCACUGACACAGGUUAGGGAGAAGAAACGAUGGAUGAGAGCUUACACAUAUAUUAUGGCGAAGAAGUUACAGCUCGAAGGACCUCCGCCACCGAAGCCACGGUGGCAACAGCCUAAUUGGGAUUACCAUUCAGAGGUUCAGGCUUUCAGUUCCCGUCUCCAUGAAAACUUCUCUCUGCAGUUACUUAAAACAGCCUUCGUCAGUCCGUGUUACCUGCAGGCGGAGCAGGAGAGGAGAAAAAAGCUGGAGGUUGACUCUGAGACCACGGCCUUGGUUCUGAAAGACAAUCUUCAGCUGAGCAAAAAGGGAGAAGGCCUGACUAAAAGCAUCCUGACCGACUGGUGCAGGGCAAGCUUUCCUAGUCUGCCACAUGAGGGGGUUGAGUGCAUUGUGGGGCACCUUAGCAGUCUGUCAGUUGUGACUUAUGUUGCAAGAAAUCUUGGCAUAGAGGAUCUUACAAUGAGUGCAGAAUUCCCUGUUCCGGACGAGGUGCUGAACUCCACUUUCAUGGCGGUGAUCGGCGCUCUGGAGGAAAGCAGUGGGGCAGAGCGAGCUGCAUUCUUUCUCAGAGAUUUCCUAUUGACUCAGCUGAUAGGAAAGGACCUGUUUGAUAUGUGGACUGUGGUGAAUCCAAUGGGACUGCUGGUGGAGGAACUUGCAAAGAGAAAUAUUCCUCUGCCAGAACCUCGUCUCAUCAGGUCUGCAGGAGCCAGUACUGUUCUCCCGCUCUACUUUGUCGGCUUGUACAGUGGCACAAAACUCCUGGCUCAAGGUCCAGGUGAGACGCUUGUCGGAGCUGAGGAGGAAGCGGCACGUGUGGCUCUACGGAAACUUUAUGGCUUCGCUGAGAACCGCAGACCCUUUGACUUCUCUCCACAACAGCAACAUCAGCGGACGUUACUUCAGUCAGUCAGUCAGUAGCAACUGACAAGUUAAUAAAGAUCUUAAAUCACUAUGAAUCUAAUAGGGGACAAAGUUGCAGGUGUUACACGGCAUAGACUUUCAACAGGUUAUAAUUAAACUUGAGUCCACUUUUCAGGAUUUACUAUAUUUGGAUUUCAAAUGUCAUUACCACAGAGAAAUAAGAACACCAGAGGUCAUCUGUUGAACAUAAGGAGUGUAAGCCUGUCAGAAUAGUACAAUGCCUGAAAUAGACCUGACAUUUAGCUUUCCUGUAAAUAAUGCAGCUGCUCUGUUGUGUGCUUUGUACUGUGAUACAACUCACAUGUAAUAAAAUGUUUGUGUGAAUGUA